AGGCCCCGCCCUUGAGGUGGCGCUGCGGCCUGGCCCUCUGGCGCGGAGGAGGCGGGUGGACAGGCGGCUGGAAGCGCUAGCGGCCGUGCGGUGGUCGAUUCCCAUCUGGACGCAGACGAUGGCGAGCCCGCCGGCUGUGCCCCGGCUGCCUCCGCACGACCCGAGGACGCCGGCUCUGUCGGUGGUGGACAUGCACACGGGCGGCGAGCCCCUGCGCAUCGUGCUGGCGGGGUGUCCGGAGGUGGUCGGCCCCACGCUGCUGGCCAAGCGGCGCUACAUGCGCCAGCACCUCGACCACGUGCGGCGACGGCUCAUGUUCGAGCCCCGGGGGCACCGGGACAUGUACGGGGCUGUGCUGGUGCCGAGCGAGCUGCCUGACGCGCACCUGGGCGUCCUGUUCCUGCACAACGAGGGCUACAGUUCCAUGUGCGGCCACGCGGUGCUGGCUCUGGGCCGGUUCGCGCUCGACUUCGGGCUGGUGCCAGCGCCCCCCGCCGGCGCCCGCGAGGCCCUGGUCAACAUCCACUGCCCGUGCGGGCUGGUGGCCGCCUUCGUGGAGUGCGAGGGCGGCCGCACUGGCGGCCCGGUGCGCUUCCACAGCGUCCCGGCCUUCGCGCUGGCCACAGAUCUCCUAGUGGAUGUUCCCGGUCAUGGAAAGGUGAUGGUGGACAUUGCAUAUGGUGGCGCGUUUUAUGCGUUUGUUAGUGCUGAAAAGUUAGGACUUGAUGUUUGUUCCACAAAGACAAGGGACCUCAUGGAUGCAGCAAGUGCUGUGACAGAAGCAGUGAAAGCUCAGUUUAAAAUUAAUCAUCCUGACAGCGAAGACCUUGCCUUUCUAUAUGGAACUAUAUUAACAGAUGGAAAAGACGCUUAUAGUGAGGAACCAACCACCAACAUCUGUGUGUUUGCAGAUGAACAGGUUGACAGAAGUCCUACCGGCUCAGGAGUGACAGCCCGAAUUGCCCUACAGUAUCACAAAGGGCUUCUAGAACUGAACCAGACCAGAGCCUUUAAAAGCAGUGCAACCGGCUCAGUAUUCACAGGGAAGGCUGUGAGGGAAGUAAAAUGUGGUGAUUUUAAAGCUGUUAUAGUGGAAGUAUCUGGACAAGCCCAUUACACAGGUACAGCAAGCUUUAUAGUAGAAGAUGAUGACCCACUGAGGGAUGGAUUUCUUCUCAAAUGACUUAUAUGACUUUUAAGGGCUUUCUUUAAAUUGUUAUCAUAAGUAAUUUUUCUCUGAAUUACGUGGAAAACUGUAUCCAAAUUGUACAUGUAAGCCAACUAACAUUCUUCUUAAAAUAAUAUACUGUGGUUAAAUAUAAAGUCAUUAUUCCUCAUAUUUAUACAUGUGUAUUGGUAUAAAUAUUGCUUAUAGAAUACAAAAUGCAGAAUACUUUUCUAAUUAUUAACAUAUCAGGUAAAAUUAAAACCUUAGUUCUUGUUACUUUUAAAUAUUCCUCUGUGGUAAUUACUAUAAUAUUCUGUUUUAAAUGCUCUUUGAAUAAUAGCUUCAAUUGUAGCCCU